AUGACGGUGAAUCCAGACGACAGCGAGCACAAGGCAGCUGAGCUUCGGCCAAAGCUGGUGACCACCCUCGAUUACUCCAGCUACCCACACCUGUUCGAGGCUAUCAUCGUGUUCUCCCCUAUUGCAAGUCUCCUGGUACUGAAGAACACAUGCACACAUGUGCGUGAACUCGCCUUUGCGCGUUUGGCCCGGCUUCGGUCUCACAUCAUCUUCUCGCCGCAAUCCAGGACCUAUCGGGACGGCACACCUCUGCCCAAAUCGGAGAUUCGAUGGCCUACUGAGCCAGAGGUCCUUGACAUUACCGCCCCUGGGGGGUGGAACGAAAAAGUAUGCUUCUGCAAGAUCAACGGGUUGCAGCGCGCAUACCCCAUGGCCCUCCAUCCACAGCGUGUGAGACAGGCAGCAGUCGCCUGCCAAGAUUGCUUCAACAUGAGCGUUGCGCGUCCGGUGCUUUUCGUCGACCUGCGGCGACCGCUCAGACACCCGCGCGACAUCACACCCAAGACUGUCAGUGAGCUGCCACGAACCAUAGUGUAUACCAUCACCAUCACCGACCCGCCCGUGACCAACUUUUGCUUCAGCCCCAUGGGGUUCCCCAGCCGGAUCACCACCAGCAUUAUCUUCCGUGUCGUCGUUGACAACACUUGCCCCCCACCGCAGCUGCCUGCCAACACAGUCGUCACCCCUGCCCUCCGCGGUGUGGUGGCCAUCAUGGCCGAGAUGAUCCGGUACAACAUCACCAUCAACAGCGGAAAGCCGGCCAGUACAUUCACCCUUGUCGGGGUGGAAGACUGGGACCCCCGGUGGUACGAUGCCUGUGCCGUGGCAGGCUGGUCAGAGACGGUCACCGUCACCGAGCGACGGGAGCAUUUCUUGGAGACAGUCCUGGCUGUGCGGAAAGCCAAGGGGCGAAAAGAGACGCUUGGGGAAGAAGCGCUGCGCGCCGAACUCGUCAAGCUCGUCCAGUUUGUCAGUGUAGAUGAAUACCGGGCCGAUAUCGGCGAGGAAAUGUGGGCACUCGAGACAGCCAUCUAG